UGUUGAUACUAUAGAUUGGGGAUUCUCCACUCGCUUCUCCUUCAACACUGCCAUUGAUGAAACCCCGAUUUCCUUCGCAGGAUCCUGAAAAUUAUCGAAGAAUCUGAAUUCAGAAGAAAAUUGGGAGAAAUUUUGUUCUUCUUGUUCGUUUUCCAAUUCGAGACGAAUGGAGCCGUUUCCGUCAUCCUCACAAAUUGCUCAGAAAACUUGGGAGCUUGAGAACAAUAUCAUCAACGUUGAUACUCCUCCGACCACCUCCAAAGCUUCAGAUUCUUCCUCCGAUGCGAUAUUCUACUAUGAUGAGGCGGCACAGGCCAAGUUCCAGCAGGAAAAGCCGUGGGAAAAUGAUCCUCAUUAUUUCAAGCGUGUGAAGAUCUCUGCCCUCGCGCUUCUUAAAAUGGUGGUUCAUGCACGCUCCGGUGGAACUAUAGAGGUCAUGGGACUUAUGCAGGGAAAGACUGAUGGUGACGCUAUUAUAGUCAUGGAUGCCUUUGCUUUGCCGGUCGAAGGUACUGAGACUAGGGUUAAUGCUCAGGCUGAUGCGUACGAGUAUAUGGUCGAUUAUUCUCAGACGAAUAAACAGGCGGGCAGGUUGGAAAACGUUGUAGGAUGGUACCACUCUCAUCCAGGUUAUGGAUGCUGGCUUUCGGGCAUUGAUGUUUCCACGCAAAUUUUAAACCAGACAUUUCAGGAGCCAUUUCUGGCUGUUGUAAUUGAUCCAACCAGAACUGUUUCGGCUGGAAAAGUUGAGAUUGGGGCUUUCAGGACCUACCCUGAAGGAUAUAAGCCACCAGAUGAGCCUGUUUCUGAGUAUCAAACCAUUCCAUUGAAUAAGAUAGAAGACUUCGGUGUGCACUGUAAACAGUAUUAUGCGCUUGAUAUCACUUAUUUCAAAUCUUCACUCGACUGCCAUCUCUUGGAUUUGCUUUGGAACAAGUACUGGGUUAAUACUUUGUCUUCUUCUCCUCUCUUGGGCAAUGGAGAUUAUGUUGCUGGGCAAAUAUCAGAUUUAGCUGAAAAACUUGAGCAGGUGGAGAACCAGUUAGCUCACUCCCGCUUUGGGCCAUUAAUAGCUCCUGCUCAGAGGAAGAAGGAGGAAGACUCCCAACUUGCUAAGAUCACGCGUGACAGUGCAAAGAUAACGGUGGAGCAGGUUCACGGUUUGAUGUCACAGGUCAUCAAGGACAUCCUCUUCAACUCAGUGAGACAAUCCAACAAAUCUCGGCCCGAGCCAUCUGGUCCGGAACCGAUGGUGGAAAGCUGAUGGACCCAGCUUUUGUAAGUCCAGGAGCUGAUGAAAUCUUAACACCCUGUGCUCCAUGUUUACGUAUGCCAGGUAUUUGGUUAGAGAAAGGUGCAGAUUCUUGUGUUCUUUGGCAGGGUUUAUUUGGUAGUAUAAUGGAUACUGCGCCCUUUGUGCAGCAAUUUCCGAGUACUGGGAAUGUUCGUAGGGGCUGCCUUGCUUAAUAGCUUUUAACGGAAUGCUUUUUAGUGUACUUUGUCAUUUGUUAAUCAUAGACCAGGCAAAUCCCGUAUUGAAAUAUAUAACCAUAGUGCAAAAGUAUUGGGCCCCCUA